AUGAUUCCAAGGCUGAAAAAUAAACCUUAUGAAGAAAGACUCAAAGAAUUAAACUUAUUCAGCCUAGAAAAACGAAGGAUGCGAGGAGAUUUAAUUGAAAUGUUCAAAAUAAUUAAAGGAUUUGAUAAUAUCAAUGCAGAAGAUUACAUUACUUUUGAUCGUUCAAAUAUAACAAGAAGACGUCAUACUUUUAAGAUUACUGGUAAACGAUUCACAUCAAACGAAGCCAAACAUUUCUUUUUCAAUCGGAUCGUUAACAUUUGGAACGCCCUGCCCGCCAAUGUCGUUGACAGUAAAACAAUUAAUACAUUCAAAAAUAGACUGGACAAAUAUUUAGAAGCCAAUCCGCAACUAAAACACUAUUCGUUAACGUAG